GCCUGUCUGUCUCCCUGCGUUUACAGACUCAGUGGGAUGUGCAGUGAGACACAAAAUCCUAUGGAAGCUGCUGCCUCCAGCGUGCACUUCUCUGUGGACUCUAUACUCUUUAUUCAUUUUUCUUUUCUUGUCUUCUUUUUCCUCCGCGUGCAUUCUGACAGAAUAUUGAAGAAAGAGAAAAAUUAACGAAAAGAGAAAGGAGAGAACGGAAAACCUCAGGGGAUCAGGACAGACUCCAACACUAACUUUGGGAGAUAAAUCUCAGCUCUGUAGAGAUGUUCCGCGUUUUGCUGAAGGCGUUAAAUCAUUAUUCUGCAGGUUUAUGGCGGGUUUUAGGAGUUGGAUUAAUUUUAUAUUUGCACUGCGCUUCUUGAUGAUUGUGGGAAUAAUAAGUGAGAGCUGAGACACGGAGCUGUGCAACUUUACUGAAGCCACGCUUGACUUGACUAGCCUGCUAGCGUUAACUUUAGAUGUAGCAUUAGCAAAAUAAUAAGUGCAUAAAACUCGUAGCAGCUUUAACACACAGCAGACAGUGUGCCUAACAUUUGUCUUUUACUUGCGUUGUUUCUGUAAGUGUGUACAUGACUGCCUCGGAGGCGGGAAUUAAAAGUUUGUGACCCCUUUUUUUCACUAGCAGAGUUAGCUUCGCGCUAGUUUGUCCUUUUGGCUUUGCGAGCUAGCCAGCGGGGAAUUUUAUGCUCUCUCUGGCUAAAAUACAAAAUAAUCCGGUCCAAGAUGACAAUUUUAAAAAGAUUAAUAAGCAGUAAUGGCGUCCCGGACGGCAGUGUGUUUUGUGACGGUUGUUCUGAGUGAAGCUAAGCUAAUUCAAUCACAGCAUGCUAGUCAGUUAUGCUAGCUAAACUAGAUAUUUAUAAACUGCGUUUAGCUUUUCCUCAGCGCCUGUGACGUUUUGUUAUUUGCCCCCUGAGUAUUUCGUGCGUGUGUAUAUGUGUGUAUAUAUAUAUAUAUAUAAAAAAAAACAUUUUUUUUGGUAAAAGAAGCCUUUUUUUUCUGGAUUAAAACAUGAAGCUCGGGAGUUUGUUUGGGUUUGUUAUGUGUCUUGGUGUUGUGUGGAACUGGCCACAGAGCAGCGCAGAAAUCUGUCCGAGUAAGGACAUCAGGAACAACGUGACUAACCUGCACUCUCUGGAGAACUGCACGGUGAUUGAGGGCCACUUGAAGAUCCUGCUGAUGUUCCACACGAAAGCCGAGGACUUCCGGGGUCUGAGCUUCCCCAAGCUGACGGUGGUGACUGAUUACCUGCUGCUAUUCCGCGUGUACGGCCUGGAGAGCCUGAGUGACCUGUUCCCCAACCUCACCGUCGUCCGGGGGAACAACCUGUUCUUCAACUACGCCCUGGUCAUCUUCGAGAUGCUGCAACUGAAAGAGAUCGGACUGCACAGUCUGAUGAACAUCACACGCGGCGCUGUGCGGCUAGAGAAGAACCCGGACCUGUGUUACCUCUCCACGCUCGACUGGUCCCAGAUCCUCGACUCGGUGGAAGACAACUACAUUGUGGCCAAUAAGAACGAGGGAGAGUGCGGAGACGUGUGUCCGGGCAUGGCCAAGGGCAAAACCAUCUGUCCUCAGACCACCAUCAAUGGUCAGUUCGGGGCACGCUGCUGGACACAGCGACACUGCCAGCAAAUGUGUCCGUCAGUGUGUAAGGCGAGGGCGUGUACGCUGGACGGGCAGUGCUGUCACUCUGAGUGUUUGGGAGGAUGUGUGAAGCCGGACUCGGCAGCCGGGUGUGUGGCGUGUCGUCACUUCCUGCAUGCGGGGGUGUGUGUGGAGGCCUGCCCCUCUGGCUCCCUCUCCUUUAAGGGGUGGCGGUGCAUCAGCCCCGCCUAUUGCCACGCCCUUCACACGCAGUGCACUCGCAACACACAGGACAAAGACUGCCAUUCCUACGUCAUCCACCAGGGGGCGUGUGUUCCUGAGUGUCCCUCAGGGUACACCACCGUCAACUCCACAACGCUGACGUGUACACCGUGUGCAGGAAUGUGUCCUAAAGUGUGUGUGGGGGAGAAGACCGUGGACUCUGUGACGGCGGCUCAGGCACUGCGGGGCUGCACACUGCUCAAUGGCAGCCUGACCAUCAACAUCCGAGGAGGAAAUAACAUCGCAGCAGAACUGGAAGCUAAUCUGGGUCAGCUGGAAGAAAUCACAGGAUACCUGAUGGUGCGUCGCUCCUACGCUCUCGUCUCUCUGUCGUUCCUCAGGAAACUCAGACUGAUCCGCGGAGAGAUUCAGGAAAGGGGGAAUUACACGUUCUUCGCUCUGGACAAUCAGAACCUGCGUCAGCUGUGGGACUGGUCCAAGCACAACGUCAGCAUCCUGCAGGGUCGCAUGUUCUUCCACCACAACUCCAAACUGUGUCUGAGUGAGAUCCGCAGGAUGGAGGAGGUGACCGGGACGAGAGAGAGACAGCCCAAGAACGACAUCGGCUUUAAGACCAACGGAGACCAGGCGUCAUGUGAAUACCGGGUGUUGAAGUUCACGAUGAUCCGGACUCUGGCAGAUAAAAUCGUUAUUAAAUGGGAGCCGUUCUGGCCGCCGGACUUCAGGGACCUGCUGGGCUUCAUGGUUCUAUAUAAAGAAGCGCCGUACAGGAACGUGACGGAGUUUGACGGGCGGGAUGCGUGCGGCUCUCACAGCUGGGUGAUUGCAGAUGUGGAUCCUCCUCAGCGCUACAGCGAUGGCCGACAGCAGCAGGAACCCGGAUUUCUCAUUGUGGCCUUAAAGCCCUGGACUCAGUACGCCAUCAUGGUUAAAGCCCAGCUCUCCACCUCUGACGAGCACCAGGUCCAGGGGGCCAAGAGCCCAAUAAUCUACGUCCGCACCAACGCCACCAAGCCGUCUGUGCCGCUGGACCCCAUCUCCUCCUCCAACUCCUCCUCUCAGAUCAUCCUGAAGUGGAAACCUCCCAACGACCCCAACGGCAACAUCACACACUACAUAGUGUCCUGCCUUCAGCAGCCUGAGGCCAGCGAGCUCUACAAGUUUGACUACUGCCAGAAAGGCAUGAAACUGCCGUCUCGAGCCCCCACACAGGUGGACAGUAAGGAGGGACAGAAGUGGAAUCAGACGGAGGAGUCGGGACAGAAUGAGCUCUGCUGCCCGUGUCCUAAAACCGAGAAACAGCUGAAGAAAGAAUCGGAGGAGAGCGAGUACCGCAAAACCUUCGAGAAUUACCUGCACAAUGAAGUCUUCCGCAUCAGGCCGUCCCGGCAGCGCAGAUCCCUUGUGGGUGUGGCCAACAGCACAAUCUCCACCUCCCUGACCACGCCCACCACCCUGCCCAGCCUGAGUCCGGAAGAGGAGGCGGAGUCAAAUAAGAUUAUUCAGUCUGUCUAUGGUAAGGAGACGACGGUGAUCUCCAACCUGAAACACUUCACCAGCUACCAGAUCGAGAUUCACGCCUGCAACAACCAGCCGGGCGACCCCGAGCGCUGCAGCAUGGCCGCCUACGUCAGCGCUCGCACCCUGCCCGAGGAUCACGCUGACGAUAUCCUCGGAAAGAUCGUUUUUAAUGUAGUUGAAUAUUCAGUGCACAUCAAGUGGGCGGAGCCAAAAGCCCCGAAUGGCAUGAUUAUCCUUUACGAGGUGAACUACAAGAGACUGGGAGAUACAGAGGAGCUGAGUCACUGUGUGUCCAGGAAGCACUACAUCAGUGACGGUGGCUGCAAGUUGAGAGUGGUGCAUCCUGGGAAUUACACCGUACGAAUCCGAGCCACAUCACUGGCAGAAAAUGGGUCCUGGACGGAACCUGAGUACUUCUACAUCAAAGAUCUCCGUGUGGAUCCGUCCAACAUGAUAAAGAUUAUCGUGGUCCCGUUGGUGUGUGUGGUGCUAGUGGUGCUGAUGGCGAUGGCUGGAUUCAUCAUGGUCAGAAAGAAGCAAGCAGAAGGACCAACUGGACGUCUGUACACUUCACCAAACCCAGAAUAUCUCAGUCCAGAUGAAAUGUACGAGCCGGAUGAGUGGGAGGUGGCGCGGGAGAAGAUCACCCUGCUGCGUGAGCUGGGUCAGGGCUCGUUCGGGAUGGUGUACGAGGGCGUGGCCCAUGAUGUGGUUAAGGGCGAGGCUGAGACGUGCGUUGCCGUGAAGACGGUUAACGAGGCAGCCAGUCUCCGGGAGAGGAUCGAGUUCCUGAAUGAGGCCUCUGUCAUGAAGUCUUUCAGCUGUCACCAUGUGGUGAGGCUGCUGGGUGUGGUCUCUAAAGGCCAGCCCACUCUGGUGGUGAUGGAGCUGAUGACACACGGAGAUCUGAAGAGCUACCUGCGCCGUCUCCGCCCUGACUCUGAGAAUAACCCGGGCCGCCCCCCCCCCACACUGAGGGAGAUGAUGCAGAUGGCAGCAGAGAUCGCAGACGGAAUGGCUUAUCUCAACGCUAAGAAAUUUGUGCACAGGGACCUGGCGGCCAGAAACUGCAUGGUGUCCGAAGAUUACACCGUCAAAAUUGGCGACUUUGGGAUGACGAGGGACAUCUAUGAGACUGAUUAUUACAGGAAGGGAGGUAAAGGACUGCUUCCUGUCAGAUGGAUGGCACCCGAGUCUCUGAAGGACGGGGUGUUUAAUGCACACUCAGACUGCUGGUCAUUCGGCGUGGUCCUGUGGGAGAUUAGCACGCUAGCCGAGCAGCCAUAUCAGGGUCUGUCUAAUGAGCAGGUGCUGAAGUUUGUGAUGGACGGAGGAUUUCUGGAGCGGCCGGAUAACUGCCCUGAUAGACUUCACAGUCUGAUGCAGAUGUGUUGGCACUACAACCCGAAGCUGCGUCCUGCGUUUCAGGAGAUCAUCGAGAUGUUGAGAGACGAGCUCCAUCCCUCCUUCACUGAUCUGUCGUUCUUCUACAGUGAAGAGAACAGGAUCCGAGCGCGGGACAGCGACGAUUUCGACAUGGACCUGGAGAACAUGGAGAGCAUCCCUCUCUCCUCCUACUCCCCCGGGGACGAGGGGACAUAUGAAGGACUCAUCCCCUACACACACAUGAACGGGGGAAAGAAAAACGGACGUGUUCUCUCGCUCCCUCGAUCCAGCCCCUCUUAAUGCAUCAUCAGCACCCAAUGCCCUGCCCCCUUUCCCCCCAAUGUAAUGAGCUAGGAUAGAUUUAUUUUUCUUCUUCACUGGUUUUUAUAGAACCAGUUUUUAUCACUUCCUGUUUUUUCCUGUUUUGGACCUGCCCAUUUCUGGACUUUAAGGCUGUGUGCCAAACGCUUGCUAAACUAGUGGUUAGCAAACGAACUAACAUUCUACAUGAACCAGCAUUUAGCUAAAGAGGACAAAGGGAUGCUAAACACAUGACUUUUAGCUACCUAGAUAGCUUUUUUUAUUGACAGGCAUGUCUGGGUUAAAAAGGGCGGGGCUUAAGUUAAAUAUAAUCAGUUUAAAUACAAACAUGAUUGGCCUUUCGUUUAAAUUAUUCCGCUUGAUGUAGCUAAUGGUAAAAUAUAUAAUUGUUUAGCUAAGCUAACAUCAGCUAAGCUAGCCAGCCACACCAGCAUUAUACAGCUAAGUUGCUAGCGUCAGUUAUCCAGCAGUAGAUACCUGCAGUUAUGUGGCUAGCCUAGCUUACCUGCAAGAUGAACUGCCAUGUUGAGGUCACAUGAUCAGGUUUGUUAUUGGCUGAGAAAGUUUUAUCUUAAGCUCCGCCCUGAAAUGCCUGUCAGUCAGCAAAACCAGGAAGUAUCAACACUCUGUUUCAGAUAAUGUAGCUAAUGAUAUCUUUUAUCACUACACACUAAAGUGCAGUGCAUUAUGGGUAACACGUAAAUGAACUAAUUGUGUUAGAAUGCGCAUGAUCUGGAGCGUUUGUGGGCAGAGCAAUGAUGUUCCUGUGCCCAAGUUCCACAUGUGUGACGCUGCUCGUGUUUGUGUACGUACAGAAGCUGCACUCAUCUUUUUAUAUCCAUCCGAGAGGAAACUGAGUGUGCCAUGCCCCAAACACAAUGAAACUGUGAACAAACUGUGGACCUCCACCAAUCAGGAGGCUGCUUCAGCUCACUCUGUCUCUCCACAGAGAAAUAUGAGAGAGCGAGAGAUUGUAGCGGGUGCGUGGAGGGGUGUGGUCAGAGGACGAUUAAAGUGACCUUAUUGUGUGUUUGUUUAAAAACCUCCCUGCUCACAGUGACAUCUGUCUUUCUAUCUGUCUAUCUCUCUGUGCAAAACUUUGCAUCCCCCCUUUAAAUGAAGAACAGUUACACCAGACCUUCAGUUCCUUCACUCUGACAUGGAUGAUAUUCAGUGAUAAAAAGGACAUAACUUCAAACAUUUACAUACCAGUUGUUUCCUCCUGAUUGACUGACCCCUUGACUCUGGCCAGUUGACUCCGCCCCUUGAGUCUGCCCGUUUGCUUGGUCAGUCCAGUCUUUAUUUUCAGGCUGUUUUUUCUGUUAAUUUAGAAUUAGUUUCUUGUCAUUGACUUGCAGGAGAAUAUUUUGGUGGAUAAAUCAUAAACCAGUGCCGCAGUUCUCUUUCCCGCCAGAAAAAAUGAAGGAUGCAAACUUUUGUAUGUCUGUGUGUUUCACUCUUUCUUUGUGCUUUUAUUUUUAAAAUAUUUAUCCCCCCAUCAUGCUCACUAUCUGCCUUUGAUAUCUCUCUCUCUCUCUCUCUCUCUCUCUCUCUCUCUCUCUCUCUCUCUCUCUCUCUCUCUCGUGUAGGUGUAUAUGUAUGUGUGUGUGUGUCUGUUUUUCCUGUCUUUCUUUUUCUAGUUCUCUCUCCAUCUCCUCCCAGUUCAGUAUUGUUGUCCACCCCGGUGAUGGUUGGAUGGAUGUGUGUAAGCUGUAUUUAUGUUUUUUCUUUAUUAUCUGUGUUAAAGCUGAAGGACACUAUACAUCUGUUUAUCACUAAAUUGUACACACAUUCUUACUGACCUCAGAGCCUUGCCAUUACAUCAUUAAAUGGGGGCGUGUCCUUACGCUGGGAUGCAUUACCAUGACAACAACUGAGAGAAGAUUUUACUAUUCAAAGCUGAAUCCUUCAGCUCUCACACACGUCAGACGACAGACUAGCGAGCGUAGCUGCUCAGAGUUAGCUCUCUUAGUAUUAGCAUUAGCAACAUAUUCAGUGUGUAGUCACUGCCAGUUAAGUGGUUGCUUGCCUCAGCCCCCUGAUUCACAGUUUUGAGUUUAUUUAUAUUUUUAAUGACAGUUAUAUAAGCUUGUUGUUUUGAAUUGUUGCUAUGGUGAUGAAGCACUAACGUCUCAUCUAGAUUAAAGGAACAGUUCAGCCAAAAUUGAAAUGUACAGAAUGUUAAGGUGUGUGUGUGAGUGAGUGAGUGAGAGAGAGAGAACAGACAGAUCUGACCAGUAGGUGCUGCUUUGAUCAGUAUUUUAUUGGGUUAUGGAUGAGAUGCAUUGUUUUGCAUCUCUAAUCUUUAUUAUUAUUAUUAUUAUUAUUAUUAUUAUUGUUCUCUUUUUCUAAUCCAGAAAUCCUACUAAUCUUCCUCUUGCCCACGUGUUGUAGAUGCCUGAGCCUUCAGGCAUUAAUACAUUUCUGCUGUUAAUAAAAGCAGUGAGGUGCAUUCAAGAUGAGACCAGCACUGUGUUCUUAUUGGCUGAGAGCAUAGAGAAGAUAAAAACAUCACACACUUUACAGCAGUGAACACUGUGUGUGUGUGUGUGUUCUGAUAAUCAUUGCUGUGCUAUAUCAUAAUAUUAAUAUUGGUAACUAUGCAGGUGAUGAUCUCUUCUACAGUACACCAAAGGGCCAAACUUGACCAUCACACCUAUGAGUUUGUCAGACAUCCCAUUCCAAAACUAGGGCCAUUAAUAUGGAGUUGCCUCUCUUUGUGGCUAUAACGUCCUCCACUCUUCUGGGCAGCAGACUUUACAGAAUUUUGGAGCAUGUCUCUGUGGAUUUGGGCUCAUUCAGAUGUUGGACAAGAAGGUCUGUCUCAUCAAGGUGUUCAGUGGGGUUGAGGUCAGGGAUCUGUGCAGGCCACAGUUGUUGUGUAAAAUAUGUUUGUAUCCUGUAGCAUUAACAUUCCCCCUUCACUAGAACUAAGUGGCCCAAACCCUGAAAAACAUCCCCAGGCCAUUAUCUGCUCUCCACCAGACUUAACUGUAUGAACGUUGCAUUCUCCUGGUGUUCUCCUGGUGUUCUGACACCCACCAGACUGACAGAUAGUGAAGCGUGAUUCAUUGCUCCACAGUCCAAUGUCUGUGAUCUCAAUCAUUAACUCAAACACCUGUACUCAAUAAUCAGCGGGGUGUCCACAUACUUUUGGCUAUAUAAUGUACGUUAAUUUUGCAGCUGAGUAAAGCAUGACUAGACCCAGAUCUUUUUAAAUUUGAUAAAUAUCUGUUUAUUUGGUGUCCAGUUCUAUACAGUAAGGAACAUUUUCUUCUGGAAGUAUUAGCACCAUGUCCUCUUGGUUUCCCUUCUGUUUUUGCUGCCAUGUCUGUUGUCUUUUUGUCCCCCACAGCCUGUCACUCACUCAUCCCAGCAUUCUCAGUGCUCCUCAUUCCCCCAGAACAUGCUCUUUUUCCUCAGCAACACAUCAUCAGACCCCAUGUCCACCUGUCACUGACCUGAUCCCUGCAGUCCAUCUCGGUUUUCUCGUCUCUUUAAGUUACCGGGCUCCAUGUGAAAUCCAUUAUGGGAUUUGGAACACCGUUGGUGUUUGUUCCUGUGGUUUUGUUGGAUGGUGUAGAGGAAAAUAUACAUCUCCCGUAACUCUGUCGUUAUCCACAGAAGGGCUGGACAGCAAGUUUGGGGUUGAGUGAACAGUUUUGGUACAUGGCUCCCUUACCUGUAAAUACCUGCAUUCUGUUCCUGUGACCUAUAAACCCAACACUGUCUCUACAUGUCUUAUGUUUAAGAUUUUAAAUAAAAAGUACUGUUUUGGAUGUGUUAACCCUUUACAGGUUUUUAACCCAUAAAACGUGCAUUACCCAAAGAACACGUGUGGGUUUUAUCUAACAGGAUAAAAAGGGUUUUAUUUAACAGGUUAAUGGUUGCAUUAAAGCAUUAAAACACAGUUACAGUUAGCUAGCUAGCCAGCUCAAGUAAAACUAUGGUUUAAAAAACAAUCAUUUAUAAGAUUUUAAAUAAAAAGAAAGACUCUCGGGGCUUAAUGUAUUUGUUUAUCAUAUUCUGGAGGAAAUUUUACUGAAUUAUUUGAUAUAAAUUACCUCACAAAUGUGUUUAUCAUGACCAAACCACUUUAUUUUGUUUCUGUGGUUACAGUGAUUGUGUUUAAAGUAUAUUUUGGUCGCUAAAUAAAAUUACCUUAAUAAGAGUA